AGCGCCGAUCAGAAAAUGGGGGUGGACGGCGGGUGGGGGGAGCGAUGCGUCCUCGACUCCCGGUCUCCUAAAAUGGCGCUGAAGAGCUGGGCCUGCUCCUCCUGGAGUUCUGGAGGCAGCUGAGGAGGCUGCGCCUGUCGCGUUGAACUCCGUAGAAAAUGAACCUUUUUUCCCUCGGUCUGGCUGUGGCGGGAGUUUGGCAGCUGCAGACAGGGCGGCAGCAACUUCGUGUUCUCUGUGAAAUUGAACUACGUCUUAGGAAAUAAAGAAAUGGAUGGGAUGGAUGAAACAUCUAAAAAAAUCCUAGAGCCAUACCAGUAUUUGCUUCAACUACCAGGUAAGCAAGUGAGAACCAAACUGUCACAGGCCUUUAAUCACUGGCUGAAUGUUCCGGAAGAUAAAAUACAGGUUAUCAUUGAAGUGACAGAGAUGUUGCACAAUGCAAGCCUACUUGUGGAUGAUAUUGAAGAUAACUCAAAGCUACGACGGGGCUUUCCGGUGGCACACAGUAUCUAUGGAAUUCCAUCUGUAAUCAACUGUGCUAAUUAUGUUUAUUUUCUUGGCUUAGAGAAGGUUUUAACCCUUGAUCAUCCAGAUGCUGUUAAAGUUUUUACCCGUCAACUUCUGGAACUCCAUAAAGGUCAAGGCUUGGAUAUUUACUGGAGGGAUACUUACACCUGUCCCACAGAGGCUGAGUAUAAAGCAAUGGUACUGCAAAAGACAGGCGGUCUCUUUGGAUUAGCUGUAGGCCUCAUGCAGCUAUUCUCAAAUUAUAAAAAAGACUUAAAGCCACUUCUUAACACACUUGGUCUCUUCUUCCAAAUAAGAGAUGACUACGCCAACUUGCACUCCAAAGAAUAUAGUGAGAACAAGAGUUUUUGUGAAGACUUAACUGAGGGCAAGUUCUCAUUCCCAACCAUUCAUGCAAUUUGGUCAAGACCUGAAAGCACUCAGGUGCAAAACAUUUUACGUCAAAGGACGGAGAACAUAGAUAUAAAAAAAUACUGUGUACAUUACCUUGAAAAUGUUGGCUCCUUUGAGUACACUCGGAAUACAUUGAAAGAGCUUGAAUCUGAAGCCUAUAAACAAAUUGAAUUGCUUGGGGGAAACCCUGAGCUUGUAGCACUAGUUCAACAGCUGAGCAAAAUGUUCAGAGAAACUGAAAAUUAAAAAAUUAACUUUCCGGGUGUGGAUUAAAACUCUUUUGAAAAUGGGAAAAUAACCAGAUGGAGAGGUGUGAUAAUCAGUCUUAUGUAAAAAGUUUCUCCUGUAGCCAUGUGACAGAAAUAACAGUUAAAAAUAACUUGUCAUUGAGUUUUGAAAUAUAUACCUUAUCUCUAAAGUCUUAACUGUAACUGCUUUACAGUUGGUUUUGUUAAAGGUGUACUAGAACUAAGCAAGUUUUGAAUCUAAAUGUAAUAGUAUUGACACAAUCACAAGCAUUAUUUCACACCUAAAACACUCAUGCCCCUAACCAGUCUAUGAUAGGAUUCUGGUUGAAAUUCUGUGUAAAAUUAAAUCAGGUUGACAUGUAUAUUAUGCAUUUUAAACAAUGGUUUUGUAAGCCAAAAUUUGUGUUU